UAUAAAUCGUGGCAGCUCCGAACUGAAAAAACAGAAUGCGAGGUCUGAGUGGUUUUGCUGAGAAAUGGCGCCCAAGGAAAUUCUAUUCUUUGAGCUGAACACCGGGGCCAAGAUGCCUUCGGUUGGGCUGGGGACGUGGCAGUCCGAACCCGGUGUCGUUGGCGACGCCGUCACCGCCGCCAUCAAGGCCGGAUAUCGGCAUAUUGAUUGUGCUCGAGCUUAUGGCAAUGAGGAUGAGAUUGGGCAUGCGCUGAAGAAGUUGUUUAAUGAUGGUGAAGUGAAGCGUGAGGACUUAUGGAUCACCUCCAAACUCCGGAGUACUGAUCACUUGCCAGAAGAUGUACCAAAUGCAUUGGACAAAACUUUGCAGGAAUUGCAACUUGAUUAUCUGGAUCUGUACCUGAUCCACUGGCCUGUUAGCAUGAAGAAGGAUUCAGUUGGCCUUAAGCCUGAAAAUCUUACCCAUCCUGACAUACCAAGUACAUGGAAAGCAAUGGAGGCGCUCUAUGAUUCUGGAAAGGCUCGAGCUAUUGGAGUAAGCAAUUUCUCUUCAAAGAAGCUUGGGGAUCUGUUGGAGGUUGCAAGAGUGCCUCCUGCUGUUAACCAAGUGGAGUCUCACCCUUCUUGGCAGCAGCCGAAACUACAUGCAUUUUGUGAAUCUAAAGGAGUCCACUUAUCUGCUUAUUCACCAUUGGGUUCCCCUGGUACGGGGGGUAUCAACAGAGACGUCGUCCUUAAGAAUCCAAUUCUGAAUACAGUUGCAGAGAAAUUGGGGAAGAGUCCUGCACAAGUGGCUCUUCGUUGGGGACUGCAAAUGGGUCACAGUAUACUGCCUAAGAGCACAAAUGAGGCAAGAAUCAAGGAAAAUUUUGAUGUUUUUGACUGGUCUAUACCUGAAGAUUUGUUGGCCAAGUUCUCUGAAAUUGAGCAGGAAAGACUACUUAAGGGUAAUUCAUUUGUUCAUGAGAACUUCGGUGCCUACAAAAACAUUGAAGAACUCUGGGAUGGCGAGCUGUGAGCAAACAUCGGAUUUUUGAAGCCCUGCGGUUUCUCUCGUCUUAUUUGAUCGUAAACUACUCUUGUGAAAUCACUGUUUUUCAGAAAUUUAAAGUAAAUAAAAGAGCAAUUGUGUUACUUGUCGCAUACUUGUGGUACAGAGAUGUUAAUCUCUUCACCGUUAGUUUUGGCCUAAAAUUUUUUUUUUU